GGAAUUCGUUUCAUUUGCCGUUUGUGCGUUUACAAUCGCGCGCGAGUUCAGUUCUCUCGCAUCGCCCGUUUCUCGACGUUCGCUGUGUGCGGCUCGUGGGGGUUUGUUGCUCCAGGCCAAAAAAAAUAAUCGCAUCCCCAAUGCUGUUUAUGUGUAGUGCGCAUCUCAUUCCAACCCUUCAUGUAGUGACCCACUAGCAGUAAGUUGUGAAAUGUGAGUAUUUUUGGUGAAUUGAAAAGGGUAAUCCAUCCCGACCGUGCCGUUCUGAAAUUGGGGCACACAACCCACCCUUGCGAGAGGGAGCGGAAGGAAAAUAUUACAACGUAUGCAGCACACACCGCAUACCAAGAGUGCGUUCGCAAGCAAGUGGUGUGAGUGAAAACGUGUUGCGGGUAGUCUCAACCCCUCUGUUCAACCUCCCUGGUUUUAGCCCCGUUGGUAGGUGUUUUUUUUUCGCGGCAUCCAAGCAACCCAUUGAAUUUUGCUCGCGUGUUUAGUGUGUGCGUGUCCGAAUGUUUUGUAGUAGUCAUCGUUUCGUACGUGCGGUCGCGGUGUUCCCGUGGAGUCGCACCGUCAAGAAAGAGGAAGAAAAAUAAAGGGGAGCCAUUCAGGUGCGUCACCUCCCGAAUACGUUUGUUUUGUUACGUGGGGUGCGGUGCGAUGUGUGGUGACUAACUCCAAAAAAUUUGUCCCCUCCUUUACCUCCAAAAAGAAAAGCGAAAGAAACGCAUCCGAAGCGUGGUUGAAUGUAUAAACAACACAUGGAGAAAUGAACGGGUGGUUCUCCGUGGCGUGGUGUGAAAAGCAUGAAGAAAGGGGUGAAAGAAAUUAGGAAGCCGUAAAAAGAAAAAGUAAACAUAAACCAUCCGCGCAUCCCCAAUAUCGGGGUGGAUAUGCGCGUAUAUAUGUGUGUGUGUAGGUGUCGAUCGUGAAUCUGCUUUGCUGCAGCAGGAAAUAAAAGCGUUGUUUGUCUUAUCAUUUGUACCGAGCGCUCGUACCGAACCGUUUACCGAUGUGCUAAAACCGGUCAGCCAACCUCUAAUCGACGACGGGUCAGCUUGAAGCCGUAAUUAACAAGAACGAUCCGGGGCACCCUGUCUGGUCAGUUAACUGGACAAAUCACUGACACGAAGAAAGUCAUCCACAAAGAGUGUUCGUCAUCCACUAUUGCGUCCUUCGAGUGUAAGGAAAGAAGUGUGCCGUGGUCAGUGAUUGGCCGCUCGGAAGCGAGGGUGUCUAGUGUGUAGCACCGGAAAGAGAAGGAAAAAGGGGAAGGGGACCAACUCGCAGCGCGCGAGAUGCGACAGCAUUCGCGUGAACAGCCAGCGGUCCGUUACCACCUUCACCAGCGACAGCAACACCAGCAACAUCAUGGCGGGAAUUAAACCGAACAUCUACGCCGUGAUAGUGACCUCGGUGGGAUUCCUCUGUCUGGUCAUCAGUGCGACAGCGGUCGGGGUGCCGGUAUGGGCUUACUACGAGGGCCGUGGAAUAGAGGAUCGCGGCUAUUUUGGUCCUUGGCAAAAGUGUCAGGUGCUCAGCUAUCGGGAACGGUGCGGCGAUGUUGGACGCUUCAAACCGGAUGCCGUCGUGUUUGUGAGCGGCUUGUUGGCGGUCGGUGGAUGUGCACUGUUCGGGAUCUUCUGCAUCCUGAGCAUUAUCCAGAUUGCGAUGAUAUCGUCUCGCGAUCGUGUCUGUAUGAGCUACAAAGCACUCGUAAUGCUGAAGCUAGUCGCAGCCAUACUGGCCGCCGGUCUAUCCAUAGCGGCUGCAAUUCUCUUUGCCCUGCAAACCGAUGACAAUGCCCGUGGCUACCAGAUCACACGGGGGAUCUCCUUCUAUCUGCAAAUUCUCGUGACGGCACUGUCGCUCGCGCUACUCGCUUUGGCUGCGUACGAUCGUAUCCUAACGAAACGACCCGACGGUGACCCAACGAUGCUCUCAAACGCGACGUCCAAUGGACGAGGAAGUGGUCGCAGCGGUUCCACCUACAACAAUCCCGGCUUUCGAGAGACGUCACACAAUCCUAAUGGCAUUGCAGUAACAGAUUCAUCCGGACGGCCAUACUCAUCCGGCAUGAAUGGUAGUAUGCAAUCGGUCAACACAACCGUCACGACCGUUUCGAACGGUUCGACGAUCGGGUCCGGAUCGGUUACGAGAACGCCAUUACGAUCCAGCCUCAAGAAACCACGCCCUCCAAACACGACUACGGACGGGUUGGGUAUCCGUAAUCCUGGCUAUUCCGGGGGCAAUCAAUCACCGCGUAUGCAGCGGAACGGUAGCGUUAAGAAGGUGCGCAUCCAAACGCACAGCACCGAUGUUUAGUGAAUGGUACACU